AUGUUUAGUCUGAAAGAUGAAAAAGAAACAGCAACCCUGGAAAUAACAAUCGAUAACACUAUAUUUCCAACCCAGCACUCCUCACGCUUUGAAGGGACAUCUUCAACGUCACUCAAGAAACUUGAGAACAUCUUGGAUGACAAUGGCGAGGGAACGAAACGAGUGGAAGAGAUGCUGAGGCCCGCACGUCCAGAACUGAAUAAGUGUAACCUUAUCAACGACAUCAUUUGA